AUGGAAGAGCAAUGGCUGAUUUGGCUUUCUGCGCUUCUAAGCAGUGUGCUAGCAUAUUUCUUAUUAGAUCUAAUCGGGAGAAGAAUGAAGAAAAGAAGAGAAAAUCUUCCUCCUGGACCUCCUGCCUGGCCAUUCGUGGGAAACCUUCUCCAGAUGGGGAGAAAACCGAAUGAAUCUUUGUGGGCUCUUUCUCAGAAAUACGGCCCUCUCAUGACUCUCUCUCUCGGCAUGAAAACUGCUGUGGUGGUUUCCUCCUCUGAAAUGGCAAAGGAGAUCUUCAAAACCCAUGACCAAAACUUUGCAGGACGGACUCUGAUGGAAUCAAUGAAAGUUCUUUCUCACCACGAAUCUUCAAUCGCUUUUGCUCAGUAUGGAGAUUACUGGAGGAAAUUGAGGCGAAUUGCCACCACAGAGCUCUUCACUCCCACCAGACUCCACGCCCUGCAAUAUCUGAGAAGAGAUCAAGUCUCUCAGACAAUUCGAAUGGUUUUCAAGCAGAGUGGAAAAAGUUUGAAAAUUGCACAUUUGAUGUUCUACGUGGGUUUCAAUCUCAUGAGCAACGGCAUCUUCAGUAAGAAUUUGUUCGAUCCCAACAAUCCAGAGUCUGGAGAAUUGAGGAACACUUUAAUGAAACGGUACCUGGAUCCGCAGAGCGUGUGCCGUGAUCUGGCUAUCCAUGAAAAGCGAUUACAUAACUACUUAGAUGUAGUCAUACAAGAUCCGCUAGAGGCGAGGAGGAGGGGCGUGGAUCUUCCCAAGGAAAAGGACUUUCUCGACAUUCUGCUCGAUUCGACAGCCCAUGAUUUCACUCUGGAAAAUAUCAGGGCUUUAGUUAUUGAACUUUUGUCUGCUGGUAGUGACACUACUAGUACAACAGUAGAAUGGGCUAUGGUGGAACUCAUUGCUAAUCCUCAUGUAAUGAAGCAAGCACAAAAAGAAUUAGAAGAGAUAAUUGGUCUCAAUUGA